ACCUUGUUUAGUAACCUUCGCCUUGCGCCUUUGUAGUUUGUUGUCACUUGUAAAUUUGUCAUUGGACAAUAAUUCGUUAAGGUUUAAAUUUUGACCUUGACAGUUUUAUUUAUUCAAUUGCCAUUUAUGGAUAUUGUCCAUGUAUUAUUUCCUUUGCCGGUUGGUUAAAAUGGUUAUUUUUAUGCCAAAAAGAAAAUAAAAGAUGAGAACUUUCUUGAAAUCUGGCCGGCCUGCAUAUCUGAUAACAAAUAAAUCUGAUAAUUCCCCGUUUCCUUUUUCUUUAUCUCCCCGUGGGUGAUGAAUUAAACCGUAAAAAAUGUGACAAACACUAGGACAAAGAUGAAGUUGUCCUCGAAUCUACAGGAGGUUUUCCCGACUAAGCAGGCCGCAUGGAUCUUCGCAAUUUACAUAACUUUGUUCGUCAAUCAAGGAUGGCUCGUCACGGCAUCCCAGGAGUCAAACAACCACUACAAUUACGAUAUAGCUUUAGCAGUUCUGCUCACAGAAUUCUUAAAGCUAAUAUGCUCCUUUGGCCUGUACUCUUAUCAGUAUUCCUUAUUCAAUUUAGUGAUGGAAUUUAAAGGCAAUAUGAAAGUAUUUGCUCUAUAUUUUGUCCCUGCUAGUCUUUAUGCUGUGUAUAAUAACUUGACUUACAUGAACCUUUCCACUUUUGAUCCUACAACAUAUUUUGUUGCGUUGCAAAUGAGGGUGGUGUUGACUGGCAUUGUAUUUCAGCUUAUUUUUAAUAAAAAAUUGAGUUUUAAGCAAUGGCUAUCAUUGGUCGUUUUGACUGUGGGAUGUAUGGUAAAACAGAUCGAUUUUGGAGAUAUGCCUGACAAGACUGAUUUAAAAAUUGGAGAGAAAGAACUCAGUAUAUCGUAUUCACUUGGAAGUUUACUGCUUAUCGCUCAGAUUCUUUGUUCCUGCUUGGCUGGAGUUUACAAUGAAUAUCUACUAAAAAUGCAUGCCGAAGAAGUCAACGUUUACAUUCAAAACGCUUACCAUUAUAUAAAUUCAAUUAUAUGCCUGGUCGUCAUAUUUACAUGGCAGGGGAAAUUCACUCAUCUCUUUUUUUCACAGACUUACAAACAAUUUUUGGAUUUCAAGGUUGCGUUUGUUAUAAUCAACAACGUUGCAAUCGGUAUCGUAACAAGUUUCUUCUUGAAAUACCUGAACUCAAUACUGAAGACUUUUGCAGGCGCUCUUGAACUCGUUUUCACUGCUGUGAUCGCUAGAAUACUUUUUGGCAUACCUAUAUACCUUAACACUCUGGCAUCUAUAGGUUUAAUUGUAGUAGCUACAAUUGUCUACUCGCAAAAUCCAGUUACCAAGCCUACAAAAGCUAAGGGAGAGUUACCAUAUGUGUAACAUACUUUAAAAAAUGACUAAAUAUAUAUACAUAUAAAGUCAAAAUGUAUUUUUUUGUGUUUCUAAUUGCACUUUUUGGACCAGUGUAAAAACCUAGUCAACUGUUUUUUAAUGUAAUUUGUAUCACAAUAUUCUUUGUUUUGUUAUAAAUUGUGCUUUAAAUAAAUUUUUGUGAUGACAGAAACAAGCAUAGUCAAUCUUAUAAGUCAUAUAUUUAUGUAAUGUAUUUAAAUAUUAUAUGUUGUUUAUUCAAUUUGCUUUGAAUUGUGUG